AUGUGCACCACCCUCUUCCUGUUCAGCUUGGCCAUGCUGUGGCGCCGUAGAUUUACCAACCGAGUGGAACCAGAGCCCAGCAGAGUGGACGGGACAGUCGUGGGCAGCGGCUCAGACACAGACCUUCAAUCUACCGGCAGGGAGAAAGGACCCGUGAAGUAGGCAGUCCGGCUCUGGGAACUGCGACCUGUUGGCCCUGACAGCUGGAGUCCUGGUCCACCUUCCAUCUAGGAAGAUGUUGUGGGGCUGGGUGCAGCGGCAGGAGGGAAAAUGGGAGAAACGGUCACGGUCACGGAGAAGAGGGAUUUGGCUCUUGCUCUGAAGGGAGCCUCAGAGAUUCCAGACGGCCGCGGCAAGCCUGUCUCUACGAUGUCCCAGAGCCAGAAGAGAGGCUGUUGUUUGUAAAGGCAAGAAGAAUUCCCCAAACUUGGCCAGAAUUGUAUUGUAGACAAGAUGGAGGAGGAACAGCUUCCAGGAAGGCCUCCAACAUGCCUGCACACAGACGUACUUCCUGUGAAAGUAUUGGUGCAGAUGCUCCGAGUGUAAGCAGCCAGUGUCUUGGAGGCAUCACCAACCCUCCUUCAUGACCUUAUUAAUAAAAUCCAAG